CGAAGGCUCCCGAGUUUGGGGAAGGGAGACCCUGGUGUUCUGUGUGCUGGGCUGUGACCCGCUGCCGGGAGCUGUGAGGAGAGCCCGGCGAGCUGGGAAUCCGCCAUGGAUGCAGUGACCUAUGAGGAUGUGCAUGUGAACUUCACUCAUGAAGAGUGGGCUUUGCUGGAUUCUUCCCAGAAGAGUCUCUACAAAGAUGUGAUGCUGGAAACCUACUGGAACCUCACUUCUAUAGGUUACAAAUGGGAAGACCAUAAUAUUGAAGAACAUUGUCAGUGCUGUAGAAGAAUUGAAAGCAGGUGUGUCAUCUGUCCCUCUGGACACAAUCCAUGUGAGCAUAAGGGAUAUGGAAAGAAGCAUUGUAGUUCUGUCUCUCUCAGAACAAGUGGAAGAUAUAUGGUAGUCCCCACUAUGAGAAGACAUAAUGACUGUGAUACAAGUUUACAAUUAACUGGUUUUCCAACUUCAGUGGGAAUUCAACAAACUUCCAUUGGAGAAAAACCUUAUGAGUACCAGGAAUAUGGAAAUUCAUCUCUCUCUUCUGGUUCACUGUGUAUAUAUAGUGUGGAUCUAAGUAUAAGAAAAUGUUAUAAAUACAAUCAGUGUGGUCCAACUCUGAGUUCUUCAAGUUCUCUUCAAGGAUGUGAAAAAACUCAUAUGUUAAGAGAAAAUAAUAAAUGUGAGUCAUCUACCAAAGGCUUUAGCCAUUACAGGCAUCUUCAAACACACCAAACACCCAAUAAUGAAGAGAAUGUAUAUGAAUAUAAUCAAUGUGAUAAAGUCUUUAAAUGUGAUUGGUCGUUAAAACACCAAAGAACUCAUUUGGAAGGAAAACCCUGUGAUUAUAAUCAAAGAUAUAAAGACUUUGCAUGUCACAGUCUUCAUCAAGUACAUAGAAUUCAAACUAGGGAGAAAAGGUAUGAAUCUCAGCAAUGUGAUAAAGCCUUUGCAUGUCCCAUAAUAUAUAAUAGAAGUUACACUGGAGAGAAACCCUAUAAAUGUAAUCAAUGUGGUAAAGCCUUUGCAGAGAACAGAAGCCUUCAUAGUCAUGUAAGGUUUCAUACUGGAGAGAAACCCUAUAAAUGCAGUCAGUGUGGUAAAGCCUUUAGAGGGAAGAGUAGUCUUCUCAGUCAUGAAAGAAUUCAUACUGGAGAGAAACCCUAUGAAUGUCAUGAAUGUGGUAAAGCUUUUGCACAAAAGAGUUAUCUUCUCAGUCAUGAAAGAAUUCAUAAUGGAGAGAAACUUUAUGCAUGUAAUCAAUGUGGUAAAGCCUUUCCAUAUAAUAGUCGUCUUCUCACUCACUUAAAAACUCAUACUGGAGAGAAACCCUAUGAAUGUAAUCAAUGUGGCAAACGCUUUGUAUACAAGAGUCUUCUUCUCAGUCAUGAAAGAGUUCAUACUGGAGAGAAACCCUAUGGAUGUAAUCAAUGUGGUAAAGCCUUUGCAUUGAAGAGUCAUCUUCUCAGUCAUGAAAGAAUUCAUAAUGGUGAGAAACCCUAUGAAUGUAAUCAGUGUGGUAAAACCUUUGCACAGACAAGUAAUCUUCAUAGACAUAAAAGUCUUCAUACUGGAGAGAAACCCUAUGAAUGUAUUCAAUGUGGUAAAGCCUUUGCACAGAAGGUUAGUCUUCAAAGUCAUGAAAGAAUUCAUAAUGGAGGGAAACCCUAUGAAUGUAAUCAAUGUGGUAAAGCUUUUGCAGAGAAGAGUUAUCUUCACAGUCAUGAAAGAAUUCAUAAUGGUGAGAAACCCUAUGAAUGUAAUCAAUGUGGUAAAGCCUUUGCACAGUGGAGUCAUCUUCACAGUCAUGAAAGAAUUCAUACUGGUGAGAAACCCUAUGAAUGUAAUCAAUGUGGUAAAGCCUUUGCACAGAAGAGAAAUCUUCUCAAUCAUGUAAGAAUACAUACUGGAGAGAAACCCUAUGAAUGUAGUCAAUGUGGUAAAGCCUUUGCAGAGAAGAGAAAUCUUCACACACAUAAAAUAAUUCAUACUGGAGAGAAACCCUAUGAAUGUAAUCAAUGUGGUAAAGCCUUUGCUCUGAAAAAAAAUCUUCACACACAUGAAAUAAUUCAUACUGGAGAGAAACCCUAUGAAUGUAAUGAAUGUGGUAAAACCUUUGCACAGAAGAGUCAUCUUCAUACUCAUGCAAGUGUUCAUACUGGAGAGAAACCCUAUGAAUGUAAACAAUGUGGUAAAGCCUUUGCACAGAAGAGUCAUCUUCUCAGUCAUGAAAGAAUUCAUACUGGAGAGAAACCCUAUGAAUGUAAUCAAUGUGGUAAAGCCUUUGCAGAGAAGAGUUAUCUUCACAGUCAUGAAAGAAUUCAUUCUGGAGAGAAACCCUAUGAAUGUAAUGAAUGUGGUAAAGCCUUUACAGAGAAGAGAAAUCUUCACAGACAUGAAAUAAUUCAUACUGGAGAGAAAUCCUAUGAAUGUCAUGAAUGUGGUAAAACCUUUGCACGGAAGAGCCAUCUUCACAGUCAUAAAAAAAUUCAUACUGGACAGUACCAUAUGGAUGUAAUCAUGUGGUAAUUUCAGAUGUGAUCUUCCAUGUGGGUGCUGGAAACUGAAUGUCUACAAGACGUACCUCCGAGUCCAGCUCCAAAGGGGUUCAGGUCCCUAAGAGGAGAUGGGGCAUUAGCAAAGGAAGGAGACCGCCAUGAUCUUAGUGUGAAUCAGCAUGGCUGCUGCUUUAUUGAAAAAGGACUAUACCCUUUAUGGUGUAUAACUGAAUCUCAGUUUAGACUAAACCAAGGUUAAAAACAGUUGAUGAUUCCAGGCUAAAAGCAGCUAUCAACCUCAUCACAGCAUUUUUUCUGAGGCAAAAGUGAUAAAUUCAGCAAGUAUCUAAAUGCCUUUGUGGAUGUGAGCCCAUUGUUUUCUUCCAGUGUGCUUUCAUCCUUGGAACCAGGUAUGCCCAGUUAGUAAAUCAUUAAGUUCUCUAUUUUUGGUGUACUCAGGGGGAUACAAUGGGGAUUCUUGUGUGAGAGUAGGCAUAGUUAUCAUGUUAUAUGGUUCCAUGGUGGUGGGGAUUUUGUCCAUGAAUUUUGUUUCAAGGACUGCCUAUGUAUACAUUCACAUCUUCCAUUGUAGAUCACAAAAAAAUUCCUACAGUAAAAGAGAUAAGGAGACCUCAUCACAUAUAGUGAGCAUUAUUAAAAUUGAAAUAAAAUGAUGCCGGAUAAUUAAAAUCUGCAAUGUCAAAAUGCUGGACCUUUGUCAAGUAGUAAUGGUCACUGUGCAGUCCACACUAGGUACUAAACUGCUAAACCAUCUCUCAUCCCUUUUUCUUUUAAUUUUCAAUUUAUGAUUUUUGUUUUUGUGAGUGCACAUGGAUAGUAUAGUUUGAAAUGAGAUAAAAGCCUGUGUUACCCAGUUCUUACUUUCUACCAUUUAGGUUCUGAGGACCACACCAGGUCCAUCAGUCUUGGUUCCAAGUACCUUUACCUGUUGAACCAUGCCACGAUAUUCACUGAGCCCUGAUAUUUUUUUGUUAAUUUGUUUUUAAAAGACACUGAUAAAGUUCAGGCUGACCUUGAACUUAAGACCUUUCUGCUUCCACCUCAUUACUAGCAUGACAGGUUUCACUACGAUGUUGUUUAUGCAGAGGUCUUGUGUGUGCUAAGCAACCAUUCUAUCCAUGGAGAGCCAUCUGAUAUGAAAGCAUUGAUGUAGCCAGUUCUUCAUACACUGAGGGCCACACUGAGACCCUGCCCCAAAACCAAACCAAAACUGCCAACAAACACAAAAUUAAAAAACAAAACAAAACUGUGUGUGUGUUUUGAGACAGAGUCUGUCUCAGUUGCCUAGGCUGUCCUAGAACUCACACUGUAGCCCUUGAUUCCUGCCCCUUGGUCUUGGCUGCUUAAGUACCUGGAGAACAGGGCUGGACUAGUGAGUGAGCAAGCCAGAGCACAGAAAGGCCUAACUAUGUGUCUGGAGACACACAGCUAGUAGCCAGAGGUACAUGACAAGAUCAGAAUGUUCCUGGGGUAGGGUUGGAAUCCAGAAUCUUCCUUGACAUGGAAUGCUACCAGUUGAGCAUGGAACGAUGGAACAAGGCCCAGGAUCUAAUAUCUUGGGGUUUGAAAUGUCCUGCGAAUCUUGUGGAGAUACUUUAUUUGUGCAACCCAAUAAAGCUUAUCUGAAAAUCAGAGGAAAAAGUCAGUCACUAUAUUAAACCAAGAGUCCAGGCAAUGGUAGCACAUGCCUCUAAUCUUAGCAUUCAGGAGGCAGAGAUUCAUCUGGGUCUCUAUGAGUUCAAGGCCAAAUUGGAAACAGAGACAGGCAUGGCUGCACAUUCCUUUAAAUUCCAACACUAGUUAACCAUAGAGGUCUAGAGGUUUAUACAGACAGACAAGAAGUGAUGUAGCUGGAUUGAUAGAGGAAGUGAGAUGGCAGGCACAGUAUAUAUGUGUGUAUAUACAGGAAGUAUGGCUCUCUCUUUGGCUGAGAUUUCUAGUUGUAAGAACAUGGCUAGCUUCUUCCUGCUUCCCUAAUCUCUUGGUUUUUGACCCAAAAAAUGGCUCUUUUUUUUUUUUUUAAUUAAGACUAUUUAGCCAUUUGUCUUACAAUUGGUGCCCAAUGUUCGUGGCACAAAUUGACUAAUAAACUGCUUAUGCCCUUGAAUGCCCCCUGGCUUAGUCCUUAGCUACACACAGCCGAGUCUCCUUGACUUCUUUUCUCCUUUUGGGUGGUGGCCUACUCUGGAUACCCAUCUCCAAUUGCUACAAGACUAAGUAAGCUACCUUGAAACUCCCUGGGACGUCUGCUGUUCUAUGAACUCAGAAAACUUGGUGAGUCAAUUAAAAUAUCCUAAAGGGAGAAAUUAGUUAAAAGAGAAAUUUAUCCACAUUAAAAAUAUGGGAAACAGCCGGGCGGUGGUGGCUCACGCCUUUAAUCCCAGCACUCGGGAGGCAGAGGCAGGCGGAUCUCUGUGAGUUCGAGG